GCGAACUUCUUCCGCCCGUCAAAUGAUAGGUGACUGGCUUUGGGAUUCGCUCAUUCCAAACAGGAGACCUGCACCUUAAUGGGAGUGGAUUCUGGCUCCAAGGACGAGAGGGGGGGGCAAUUUCACCAAGGAUGGACCACAACGAAUCCCAAACGCUUCUCUUCGGAGAGAACCUCAUCUAUGCCAUCACCGUGCCACUGUCCACCGCCAUCAUCUUGGCCAACCUGUUCAUCAUCCUGGGCAUCGUCUGGAACCGCCAGCUCCACAACACACCAAACUACUUCUUCCUGAGUCUGUUGGUGGCAGAUAUGUGCACAGGUGUCACGCUCCCCUUCAUACCAUGGAUGGGUCUAAACCGGAACUUAAGUUUCGGCUCCUGCCUGGUGGCCCACAUUUUCCCAAACUUCCUCUUCCUGGCCUUCCUCUUCAACCUGGUCAUGGUGCACUAUGAGCGCUACAUGUGCAUUGUUAGCCCUCUCCAUUACAGUAGCUUCUGGGUGCACCGCAGUUUUCCUCUAGCUUUGCUAGUGGUGUGGGCACCACCAUUACUCUACGCAUGCUUGCCUGCAUUCGGAUGGAAUAACUGGGCAGGGCGUGAUUGGAAUGGCUGCUGUACAGAUGGACAAAGAAAUUCAUUGCAAGUAGAGUGUUUGACAAAUGGUACCCUUUGCUGCUCCUACCAGCGUGUUUUCCCCAACGCCUUCAUCUACUUGGAGGUGUACGGACUGGUUUUGCCAGCUAUCCUUGUCAUUGCAGCCAUGACAGGUCGAGUCCUUUGGAUCACCAGAGGCCAAAUGAAGGACAUUUGUCGCCUCCACCGCUCUGUGGAGAGGGGAGGUCAGGCUUCAGACCGGGAGCAGAGGCUUAAUCUGCGGUAUACGCGCUGUGUGGCUGCAGUGUCACUAACAUUCCUUGCAUGUUGGGUGCCCUACAUCAUUUACAUGCAUGUCUGUGUAGCAUUCCUGCUGAGCGAGACUAAAUGGAGUUCUACCACUCACAUAGUGCUGUCUUGCACAGGUAUUGGAAGUAUGUCAGUUGUGCCACUGGUGCUUGGGCUAGCCAACAGGCAGUACACAGAACCAGCGUGGAAAGUCCUUCAGAAACUCAGAGACAGGUGGAGACGAAGGAUGAAGGAAUCAGAGGAAAUUGCGCUCUGACGAAUAAAAAUGACUUUCUAUACUUAAGACGAUCAAUGUGCAGCUGUUAAUGCAGCCAGUGACAUGGAUAGACUAUAGAUGUUUGCUGCAACGACGAAUGAUGAUGUUUUUCGUGUAAGGCAACUUGGAAGUCAGCUCCACCACAGGUCCCUUUGGCACUGUCUCUAUGGGAAUGUGAAUUUGGCCUAAUAAAAGGUCUACUUAGCGCUUUGAGUGGCUGUUGCAGCUAGAAAAGUGCUAUAUAAAUGCAAUCAAUCCAUCCAGCCAUACUGUCAAAACAAACUCAAUGCAACCCAAUGCUGAGGUUCACGAUUGAAACCCUGGUGUUCCCUCCAGCUCAGCCAGGUAUUGCAGGAAGCACAAUUGGCAAUGCUCCUGAGUGGGAAGCCAGUUGGUUUAAUGUGUCCCACCAUUGCAACUAGCAACUCCUACAAGUGGUGGGAUGCCUGUAGCUGCAGGCGGAAGCAGCAUUUAUGAAGGAUGUGCAGUUUUGAACGUUUACAUUUUGGCAAACAACGACUGACCAAUGUGUCUGUAGUUAGAACUGCAACAUACAGAGAGAUGCACGAUUUUUUAAAAUGGUUUCAUAUUAAUUCAAAAAUAGCCUCAUUAAAAAGAAACAAGCCAUCUGGGUAAAACUUACAUAUAAAUAAACUCUGGCCAACU